UCCAAAAUCUGUUCUCCAAGUCAUUUUUUAACUUCAACGUAUUCUCAAGUGAUAACUUAGACUUUUAAACAUGGCUAUCAGAUUGCCUAGUAUUAUGCAAGCAAAGCAGAUCCUCUGCCGGGGGAGUUUGUUUGCUAACCGCGCAGCUUCAACAUCUUUAGUAGGUGUUCCAAAAGGCUUCUUCGCAGUGUAUGUUGGAGAGAAUGAAAAAAAGAGAUACAUGGUUCCAAUUUCAUUAUUGAGUCAGCCUUCAUUUCAAGAGUCGUUAAGUAAGGCAGAGGAAGAAUUUGGAUUUGACCAUCCAAUGGGUGGACUCACAAUUCCUUGCAGAGAAGAAAUCUUCGUUGAUCUCACUUCUCGGUUGUAUGGCUUGUGAUUCAUGGUUCACAUAUAAAUUAUCUGAACAAAUUGUAAAGACUUAUACAUUCUCUUGCAUCUAUGCUUUUUAGCAUAAGAAGAAAGGGAUCCAAAUUUUUUGACUAGUUGAGAAAGUUGCAAAUGGAAAUAGUUGGCUGUACAUGAUGAUCGAUUCUAGAAUUAGCAACAUCGAAUGAAAAAUUUCUCUCUUUCAAUUCU